AUGGAAAGCCCUCUAUCCGUCCUCACGCCUUCGAGGCGGAAUGCUCGACCUCCAUGUUCUCCCAGCGCAAAUACUCCUUCACAUAAGACAUGUUCCAAGGACAAGGGGCUUGAUAAUUUCUCGAGCACAACUCCAAUGAAAACUUCCCUUUAUAAUGAAGAGAAUGUGCGCCUUUCAACAUAUAAUGAUUCUCCGGCCCCAUCAGAUGCGAAAUCUGGUGAUGAAAAUGCCCUCAGUGGGCUUGAGGAAGGGCCAGAAAGCUCGCCGUUUUAUUCGACUGUUAAUGACCAGGCACCUCUUUUUGGACAGGCGGAAUCUGGUGACUUUCGGCUUGAUAGGCCCCAGGAAGAGAAGCUGGAUAGCAGGGAGCUUACGAAUGACUUGGAAGUAAAGAGAGAAGAAGAUUCGCAAGGGGAUGAGGGUCCUCCUAGAAUCAAGGAGGACAGUGUGGAUGACAAUUACAAUAACAACACGCAGAAUUCUUUUGGUGGAGGAAGUCGGGAGACCUACCGCUUAGGCAACGAAGUGAACCUGCUUAACAGGCCUGCCAACGAAAGUAACUACGACGAAGUAUCAAAUAUCACGAUGAACGAUAAAAACGACGAAAGCAUGAGCACCAUCUACCAGGUAGCUUCGAACGAUCCUGGUAGAAUUUCUUACAAUGGUCGUGGGAAUGACCACCAAGCUCCAGGUGAUCAGGAUGACACAUGCCUCAGUGCUUUUUCUGCUGUCCCUGAUCUUGAUAUGACCGGCUUUGCCCAACUCAGACGGGACUCGCCGAUCAAGCGGAUGAGAGAGGCUUCUACCAGCCCUCGAAAAAAUAUGCGCAUGGCCAGAUAUACAAAUGACACACUUGAGUCUCCCAACACAGUCGAGAAGAGAGAGUUUUUUUCGGAGCAAGACAAAGGAACACCUGCACCUGGACAAACCUGCCCUAGGGGUGACGAUCAUAUGAAUAUUAUCGACUUUACUGACCAGCCCAACUCCUAUUCCCGCGCCUCCUAUGUAUUACACAAUGGUUACAUGUCCCCAUCCCGUAGAAAUUCCCGUUUUUCGCCUGCAAAAUCCACGGCGGCUGGGUUUAGGUCCCCGUCGAAGUUCUCCUUGUUGGAUCUUGACAUCCCACCUGCUCCCACUCCGCGAUCUAUUCCAAGCAUAACUCCAAGGGAAUUGGAGUCACUGAAGUCUUCUUUCCUGUCGGAGAUAUCUUCUCUGAAAGCUACACUUAGUGGAAGAGAAGCUGAAGUUAAGUGUCUAAAGGAGUCCGUGGCUGAUGCUGAACGGAGAGUCGGAGAGGUAUCCGAGGAGUUAAGAAAUGAAUCCUCACGGAGACAAAAUGAGCUUCAAGAAUGGGAACGGCGAGGGAAGGAGAUGGAGACCGUUUUAAGGGGUGUUAGGAGUGAAAUUGUCGAUGGGGAGCGCGAGCGUGAGAGGCUAAACAGGAAAAUAGAGGAAGCAGAAAAGUGCAAAGAGAAAUUGGAGAGCAGGGUUGUGGAGUUAGAGAGCCAAUUUUCAGCCGCCAGGAAUACUGCAAAUACAUCUCCCCCCACUGAGACUGGGAAUAAGUUGGCUGAAGAAACAGCUAGAGAAGUGCAGGACGCUGUUGAGAGAGUUGCUCGCGAACUACAUACACUCUACAAAGGAAAACAUGAGACAAAGGUUGCUGCUCUCAAAAAGAGCUACGAGGCACGGUGGGAGAAACGAGUUAGGGAAGCUGAGAGGAAGUUGAAGGAGGCGUUGGAGGAGAAUGCACGCCUAAAGGCUGAAAAGGACUCCGACAUUCCUGGAGAAGAAGGUGGAUUCUGUGGAGAAGCUACAUUUAUUCGUGAAACUGAAUCUCUUGAGGCCGACAAGCGGGUUCUAGAAGCUCGUGUUAAAGGGCUAGAGCAGGAGCUUGUAUCUGUGAAGCGUGAUAGUGAAAUUCUCCGGUCCGAGCUGAAACAGGAACGCACGGAAAAGGGUGAGCUCGUAGCAGCUGUUGAUGAGUGGCUUGCGAUCCAGCAACAUCAACACCAGCAGCAUCAAUACCAGGACGAUCAACAGCAAGUUGAGAAAGAACGAGUUCCCGAAGGUCAAGAACAACCAGAACAAUAUCAACCCAAACGUAAACUCCCUGAGCCACCGGCUCCCCGCCGGCGUUCCCUAUCUGAAGACGAACAAACUACACACUGUGACACCGGCAUCGAAAAACCAAUGCAACCCCUGAACGAAAAUUUUGCGUCUAACAGUAAUAUCGGCCGGCUCCCACCUCCCUCAGCCAUACGACCCAGAGCAGCAGCGCUUCCAAUAGGUGUCCCAACGCCUAGAGUUCCGCGUUUCGGAAUGCCUCCCAGCAAUUCCAGGGGCAACAAUGGAAGAAGGAAAUCUAUUAGUUCGGGAUUACCAACCAGUGGAGGGAUGCCUGCGAGUACGGCGGGGAGGAGCGGGAUUAUGAGUUCUAUAGAGAGGAUGGGGAGAGGUGGGGGUGGUGUUUAG